GCCAGUUGAGUUCUCUCAACCCAGUCACUGCUGCAGCGAUCCAGCGUGAGACGACAAGAGACCCGCUGCUCGCAAAAGUGGUCAACUUCGUAAACAAAGGAUGGCCAGACAAAGUCGGAGAAGCUCUACAUGCGUUCAAGGUCAGACAAACAGAGCUGACGGUGGAGCAAGGAUGCCUAAUGUGGGGCUGUCGAGUGGUAGUUCCACCGAAUCUGAGGGAAAGAGUUCUUGAAGAACUACAUGAAGGUCAUCAAGGAAUGGUCAGAAUGAAGCAGCUGGCCAGGAUGCACGUCUGGUGGCCAAACAUGGACAAAGAAGUUGAAGCAGAAGUGCGAAGAUGCCAAGGAUGCUGGCAAAAGAGAGCUGAACCACCAUGUACGGACCUGCAUCCAUGGGAGUUUGCAAAGGGUCCGUGGCAGCGAAUCCAUCUGGAUUUCGCUGGCCCAGUUGAUGGGAAGCUGUACGUUGUCCUCAUCGACAGUUUCUCGAAGUGGAUGGAAAUCGCUCCAAUGAAGCACAUCACAUCAGAAAAGACUAUCGAGUAUCUCCUGAAUGUGUUUGCACGGUUUGGCCUACCUCACCAAAUCGUCACAGACAAUGGACCGCAACUCGUGAGCAAGGAAUUCGAAGGGUUCUUGAAGCGGAAUGGAAUAAAGCAUGUCCGAACCGCACCGUUCAAACCCGCAACGAACGGAGCAGCAGAGCGAGCUGUUGGCUGUCUCAAGGGCUACCUGAAGGCCACAAGUGGAAAGAAGAUGAACCUGCCAAACUUCCUGAUGGCGUAUCGAAACACUCCACAGGCUACUACAGAAAGAACGCCCUCCGAACUGAUGUUGGGACGACAGCUACGUACGAGGCUAGAUCUUCUGAAGCCUGAUCUGACCUCUCAAAUCCAGAACAAGCAGCAAACGCAAGUCGAGCGACGUCAUGGUCAACCUCGACAGGUUGCCAUCGGUGACGCGGUCCUCGCCCGAGACUACCGCGGUCGCCGAAAAUGGGCGGAGGGAGAGGUGAUGGAUGUGGUAGGGACCAAGCACUACCUGGUUCAGGUACAUGACCAGGUCUGGAAGCGCCACAUCGACCAGUUGCUGAAAAUCCCAAUGGCGUCUCCUCGUCAUCUGCGUCCGGCUAUGCAAUUGAAGACGACGACGAAGGCAUACGACGGGAAAUCGUUGUUCCGGAGACGGCCCGCCCUGAGUCGCUGUCUGCAGAGCAGGAACCAUUGUCAUCUCCUCCGGAAGCUCAACAAGAACCAGCACGCGAGCCGACGCCCGUGCGCGAAGGAGCUGCUGCUGAACAGGCCGCUGACUCGCCCAGACGUCCAGCGCCGCUAUCAACCCGACAGCCGGCGCCGGAGCCUGAAGUGGUGCUGA